AUGUUGAAACCAAAUCGCAUCGAUGCCCUAUCCGGUCAUUCGGAUGGGGAUGGUACCGAAUCACCUCCUGGCUAUUUUGAAGGAAAUAAUGGGGAAUCCCCUGGUCAAGCUAGGACAUCUGGAGUUGACGAGUUGAAUACUGAUUUCGGUCAUAUUUUGAAUCUUAGCCCUGAUACUGUUGGCGCAUCCCCUGGGGCUUUAAAGAUAACACCUGACAUGUGUUUGGCACAUCUUAGGUUACUCACAGCCUUCCAAACUUUAAAGGAGGAUGUCGGUUUUACAGACGGAAUUUGGGGUCUCUUCGAUAACCAAGUUCUUUCGCAACAGAAGAAAUCAAAAGCCGUCGAAAAUGGACGUAAACUGGAAGAAGAGACCGUGCAGCGCUUGGCUAGACUCCAUGAGAAACGAUGGGCUCUUUUCGUCGCGAGAGCUGUGGAUCGGUAUGAGACGUGGUGGAAUACCCUUUCAAAGAAACAUCUUACCGAGGAACAUAUGCAGGGCAAUUAUAGUGGCGAGUUCGGUCCAACGAUAUACGGCACGUUUAUAACUAAAGGGACACCACUUCAGUGGGCGGAGCAUAUACUUCCGCCAUUGGAUGUCUUAAUGGUGUGGCAUGCCCACAUGCUCAAUCCUAGAACAUAUCUUGAGGAUUCUAUACUAUACUGUCUAAAUGGCUUAUGGACAGCCGGAAUGCCUUGGCAUCUCAUCGACGAUGCGAUUGAUGCUGAUUUCAACUAUAACGUCUCACUGGAAUGUAAAGAAGCGUGGGAAAAUCUUAUAGGACUCAAGUGGGACAAUGUCGAUGACCCAAUGGUUAAACUCCUCAAAUGUCCCAGUUGCUCUGAUAAUCUUGAGAUACCAUGGACCAUGUGUGGGCUACCUGGAGACUACGCCGACGAAGACCCCGGUCUUCUCGGAGAAGGUUAUGGAGAUGGAAACUUCGAUUACAAGUGUGACGGGUGCGGAAGACUGAUUACCAGAGAAUUCCUCGAGGCGGCUAGAUUCAUCAAAGACUCGGAGAGACUGCUCUCUCACAAUCGACCAAUGCCGGGUACGAUAUUAGAUAACGAGAUGGGAUUACCAAAGGAAGUUCCUGAUAACAGGCGACAGGAACGGACUUUUCCAAAUAGGAUUAUCAAGUUUCACCUCCGUAGCGAAUUGCUACUACUAACUAGCCCUCAACGGACCCCAGCACCGACAAUGAACGACGUCCGUGUUCUCAUCGAGCGUACGUUGAGUAACAGCAGCGCGAUCAAGCAGAUAGAGGGGGCAACGGGACGCGAGUUGGCUAAAAGCUAUCGUCUCGGCAAAGAUGCGAAAGCACACACUCGAAUAAUGAUGUCGCGAUACUGGGGAAACCCAUCCUCUUUUUCUCUGGAUCUUGGGGGUGCCGUACUCCGGCAAGGCAUAUUUGUAGAGAAGAUGAACAAGAUCGACUGGCUACACAGCCCGGCGGCCCGAGAAACAAUGACGCGACUUAUUAGGAAAUACAAGCGCUUCAUUGAUAUCAUGGCCCGAAAUCCCACGAAAACAGCCGUGCCAACCCUCGACGUCGAUCUAGCAUGGCACACGCACCAGCUCAGCCCUCCUCUAUACGCUAAAUACGUGUUUAACAAGACGGGCCGCCUGAUUGACCAUGACGAUAAGAUUGACGAGGACAAGCUGUCGAGGGCUUUCGAGUGGACGAGCAAGGAGUACCAGGAGCACUACGACGAAGUGUACUCCGAGUGCACGUGUUGGUACUGCGAGUCGAUCCGCGCUUCGCAUGUGUCCUCGCUCGGUAGCAAGCUGCAUAUAUCGAAAAACGAGAAAAUCUCCGACACAUUCCACAAAUCCGGCAAGGCGGCGCUCUGCCCACCCGACAGCAGCGCGCACAUCUCAGCGCACAACUCGGUAAAAUUUACCGAGCUCAACAUGGGCCGCGAGGCCGUCCGCCGUCGCAUCCACGACGCGCACCAGCAGCACCUCGACCGGAACUACGAGCGCGCGCGGAAGCGCGCCCAGAAGCGGGGCCACGAGAUCCCGCCCCGAGAGGAGUACUACCAGACGUAUUGGGGCUACCCCUAUAUGAUGUACGGGCCCUACGUGUACCCCGUGUACUUCGCUAACGGGUAUUACCCCGGCGGAGACCCGGGGACAGCGGUCGCGGGGCAGGGCGCGCAGGGAGGUGCGGAACCUCAGGCUCGGCUUGUGGCGGCGGCGGCGGCUGCGGGGGAGGAUGUGGUGGCGGUGGUGGAGGAGGAGGAGGAGGCGGAUGCGUAA